GACUCGAUAGCUACCACCAACGUCAAGUUUCUCUAUGGACCACAGAGUAAUAAAUUUCGGUGCUGGACCUUCUGCACUGCCCGAGCCAGUACUCGAGGAAGCCAUGAAAGGUCUCCUCAAUUUCCAGGGCACUGGCAUUGGAAUAGCAGAGAUUUCUCAUCGCUCCAAGGAGUUUGGUGCAUUCUUGUCUAAUGUCGAAUCUCUCAUUCGAUCCCAACUCGGCGUCCCUUCCACCCACUCCAUCUUGUUUACUCAAGGUGGUGGUUCGGCUCAGUUCUCAGCGGUCGUGCUGAACUUCCUUGCAAGGCAUCGGCUGCUUCAUCCUGAGUUGAGUGGUGAGGAUCCUGUUUUGGACUACGUCGUGACAGGGUCCUGGAGUAAGAAAGCUGCUGAGGAGGCCAAAAGACUCGGAGGUAGUAAAGUCAACAUCGCAGCGGAUGCCCGAAAACACUCGCAGGAUCAGAAGUCCUUCGAUAACAUCCCUCCACACGAUGCAUAUACGUUCUCUGCCGACCCUGCCCUUAUCUAUUAUUGCGAAAACGAAACGGUUGAUGGCGUGCAGUACUCGAACAAUGAAUCUGCGCCAUCGUCCUUCCCUUUCCAUCUCCUCAAACAGGGCAGUCUUCUACCUCUUGUCGCAGACUACUCGUCCUCCUUCAUGUCUCGCCCCAUCCCGCACUUGGCAGACCAUGCUUUGAUUUUUGCUGGCGCCCAAAAGAACAUCGGUCCCGCAGGCCUUACUGUCCUGAUCGUCAGACAGGACUGCAUCGUCGAUGUCGACGCUGCUGCUAAGCUCGGGGCAAUCCCAGUCCCCCUGACAAUGUCCUACAAAACGCUUGCAGAUUCCAAGAGUCUCUACAACACACCUCCCGUGCUCACGAUCUUCAUCUCAGGGUUGGUGUUGCAGCGCAUGAAGGACCAGGGUGGGGUCGAAUACUACGCCGAGGUUAACAGACGGAAAGCAGAGAAGGUCUAUGAAGUCUUGAAAACGGGUAAAUCAAAGGGUGUUUUACACGGGAAGGUGAAAGAGGGUUCCGGUAGCUGGACGAACAUCGUCUUUGAUGUCCUCGGUGACGGGUUAGAAGCCAAGUUUUUGGCGGAGGCGGAGAAGCUAGGCAUGAAAUCUCUCAAAGGUCAUCGAUCUAUCGGAGGUAUCCGUGUUUCAUUGUACAAUGCUAUCACAGAAGAGCAGACAGAUAAACUAGUCGCAUAUAUUUUUGACUUUGUAGAACAGAAUGCACCCCAAAGCGUCCAGUACUAGUCAAAGCAAAUUAGCAUGUACUAUUGGUAUGGUUGACUAUUUACCCUUUAUAUGUCUUACUAUUCAGUUACUUUCAAUAAGU